AGUCAGUACAAGGCAGUCGUUAGGGGAGUUUGCAUACAAUUUUUCACUUCAUUCAUUCACACUCUGGAAUUGAAAGCACCAGGAUGGCUGAGAGCUCCAAGGGCAUGGAACACACCACCAGCUGGUACUGCAAACUUUACAAUUCCCUUAAGGAAACACCCAUCGAUGUCACCCUUUUGAUCAUGUCGAUCGUCGUGUUCCUCAAGUUGGGAUUUUUUGCGCGUCGUCUGAGCCGCGAGGAACCAGACUUCAGUGAUGAUAAUAAUCAGGAAGUGGAUCUUCCGCCACUGCGGAAGGACUUUACGGUUCGGGAACUUCGGGAAUAUGACGGCACACGGGCGGACGGUCGCAUCCUAGUGGCCAUCCUUUUCAACAUCUACGAUGUCUCGCGAUCCGUUCACUAUUACGGACGAAAUGGCGUUAAUCCAAACUAUGCCGGUCGGGAUAUUUCGAGGAUUUUGAUCAAUUCACCAGAGGACUUGAAGGACAGCGAGGAUUUUGAUGAUUUGAGCGACCUCUCACGCAACCAAAUGAACACAUUACGAGAGUGGGAACAGCGGUACAAGAUGAAGUACCCAUUUGUUGGAAAGCUCAAGGAGAAACUACAAAUCAAUGAAGAGGAGGAUUUUGAGCUGCAGCAAGCGGAUCCGCUGGUGGACUAAAUAUGACUUUCGUUUCAAAUUAGGCGCGAAAUCGAUCCAAUAAGAGUAGCUUCCAUUGUAAAUGACUUAAAAUUUUAAUUUGUCUGUUCCAAAAUUGCGAAAAACGUAAAUAGAUUAAAAAAAAAGAGAAAAGUACAGAAAAGUUGCAUACAAUUUUAAAAUU